AUGGCUGGCAUUUGGCAGGUAUUUGGAGGUAGUGAUGAGUUGGUAUUAUCUGUGUGUAAAGAUGAACUCCCUGGGUUAAGCAUGCCCAGCAAACUGGCUCGCUUUAUGUCUCCCUUAAAGCAUGAUGAAGUUUCGUUGAUUGCAACUGAGUCCGUAGCAAAAGGUUUUCAGGCUAUUGUGGAGGACAAUAGUUUUUGCAAUAGAGCACGGUUGUUAUGUCAUAAAUCUCAGAUAGCAAAGAUAGAUGGGCGUGUAAAAUUUUAUUACAAGAGAGGAAAGUUACUAGACAUUGUCCAAGAUGGGUUGGUGACAGGUAACUGUGGAAAGACAGCAUUGCGAGAAGAGGUGGAGGGAAUGCAACUACAUAGUAAUGUUUUUCGAGUAAAGGAGAUCAAUACUGUCAGACAAAAGUUGUUGUUUCCCGACUUUCAUGACAGCCGUGUUGCUGGGAAUGUCUCAUUUCUCCCACACAAAAUUGCCCAAAAUGUCCCUUUCAAUAGCCAACAACUAAUGAGCUUAGUUGAGGCCUUACACAUUCUGCCCACUGGAUCAGACCGUCUCAUAAAACUAAUGGUUAUAGCUCUUGAGAUGUGUGAAGCACCUCCUUCAAGCAUAGAGACCAAAAGUUGUGUGAUUUCCUUGGAGUCCAUGGCAAAUUUUGUGUAUAGUGUGCUUGAUGGGUCUACCCACAAUGUUGGACUAGUGGACGACAUUGUUUCAACCACAAAACUCUCCAACGGUGUGGUUACUGUAAAGGGUGCAAAACUCAUCUCCCCCAGCUCCGUCAAGCAUGUGGCUUGUCACAAUCUGUUAUUUCAAUUCAGAGUUUAUUACUGUCACUAUGUGAAGAGUACUAAUAUGUAUUUGGUAUCAUUGAAGAAUGAGAAAAGUGGAGUUGAGCAGAGUGUGGUUGCUGAAUGUCAUAUGGAUACUAAACCUUAUCCUCCUUAG